AUGCCUCUGGUUCACCUGCUGCUGCUGCACGCUGCUACAGUGUACAGUGAAGACACCGCGUCGCUGCACGCGUGGAACUGCUCCCAGUGCGUGCUGCCGGAGAUGAGAGGAUUUCACCUCUUUCAAAUAAUAGUCGAGCCCACCGCACAACUACAGGCCUAUGUCGGGUGGGACCCGCAAUCACAUCUGAUCAUCGUGGCAUUCAGGGGCACCUGCACUUCCUCUCUCCGCAACUGGAUCGCCGAUCUGGAGGCCCUCCCCCGCUCCCUCUCCUACCCUGGUCUGCGCCACGCCCGUGUGCACCGCGGCUUCUACUCCGCUUACCACUUCACGCGUUUGCGGCCUUCCGUGGUGCAUGCGGUGCUGUUUCUAAUGACGAUCCUUCCGGGAUCCUUCCGAGUGGCCUUCACUGGGCACUCCCUGGGAGGCGCGCUCGCAACUUUGAGCGCUCUUGACCUGCAGGUGUCCUACGACCUCCCAUCUUCCGACAUUCGAGUCGUCACCUUUGGCUCGCCUCGGGUGGGCAACGCUGCUUUUGCCACCUACUUCCGGCAGAAGGUUCCUGGAAGCACCCGCGUGACCAACUGGAAGGACCUUGUGCCGCACUUACCGCCCGCUACGAUCGGUUAUCAUCAUGUUGCUACUGAGGCCUGGAUAAUCCCUGAAUCUGUGCACAAUGUGUCGUUCAGUCCAUCGAGUUUAGCUUUACCAAGUUUGAAGGAGCGUUCAGGCUCGGUUUCUUUACCUCACUUGCUGAGGCAACGCCGGUCGUUGCCCCGGCGAGUGUUGCAUCGUCGAUCGUUACAACGAGGAACGUCGUUACACUGGCAGCUGUCGCAAGAGCGAACGCUCGUGCUUGACGAUAUCAGCAGCCAGGCCAGACAUCAAGGUGACCUGACGUGGCACGUGCACCAGUGUGACGACACGGGGGAAGACCCCUGCUGCAGCAGGUCUGUGGUGGGCGACAGCAUAGCCAACCACCUGGAGUACCUGGGAGUGCCGUUACAUUCAGGGCGGAGUUUAUCAGACACCUGA